UCAGAGACGGUGUACUUGGAGGCAAAGAAGAGGGGCGACCGGAACAGCGGCACAUGCACCAACGGCCGUUCCGAGAGCCAAUCUUGUGACCUUCCCCAUUUUAUUUCCACCUGGCAGUCGAGCAACCAAAUCCCAUCAACAUCGGGGGCAGUCGCUGUCGAGUCGUCUCACCCAGUAGACCAAGAUGAAGCGGAAAGUUCUGUCGACCCAGAUUCUAGCAAGUAGAGAUGACUCUGCUAUGCCUCCAUCGCCCUGGCUUCCCAUAUGCAUUUUGAUCGCCAUCGUGCUUGCUUUUUUUCUGGCCCUUCUCUGGCUCCAUUCAUCUUAUCCUCGCGGUCUACGAGGUCUCCGGCUCCUAAAUGAAGCCGCCCCAGUCCAGGCACUUGGGCAGCUGAAAGCUGAGAUUCAGGGAGCAGCAAGCUCAUUUAUUGUCUGUGCGGUUUGCUUGGAGCUCCUCCUCUAUGAAGACGAUGUUCGUUGCUUACCAUGCAGACACAUAUUCCAUGCAAGCUGCAUCAAUAGAUGGUUUCUACAAGGGCAGUUCACCUGCCCCUGUUGCAAACGUCGGCUAGUCCCCUGACUGACCGAGUCUGAAACCAUCCCGCUAAGUGACGGUCCCCCUGAGACAACGGGCCAACAUGUCCCGUUGAAUUGGAUACAAUAUGAACAAUAUGAACAGCCGGCUCGUCACUGGGCGGGACGCUGACUCUUGAGCGACCGUUUUCUUUAAGCCCUCUCCCAUUCCGUUGCCCCAAUAGCAUCUA